CAGAAGCAGCGGCUGGAGCCGGGCUGGCGAGGGAGGGACGCGCGCCUGAGUGAGCGGGCUGCGCCGCCGGCACCGCCGCGGAGCCGACUUUGCCCUUUAAAUCAGUCUCCAAGCCGAUUACAGCUGAUCUCCCACGUGACGUUUUACCUUCUGUCUCCUGGAGCGACUUGCCCGAGGACAGUCCUCAGGGUGCCGCGCAUCGCGCCGCCCCAGCCCGCUUCGGGGGCUCCGGCACUCGCAACUUUGGGCGAAGCAGCGGGCAACCCUGGUGCCCUCACGGGGCCACUGUCCGCGCGGGCGUCGGUGGCUUCGCUUGGGCAGGAGCGCGGCGGUCGUGGAGGAGAAGGCGCCUUGGGCGCAGCCGGGCGCCCCUCGGACCCGCGCGGCGACGCGCCCGGGAGGCCGGCGGGGGUGCCCUGUGCGCAGCGUCAGGAAAAGGGGGCGCCAUUCGCCAGCCGGGACCCGAGCGGGCGCACCCUGGCGGGGAGCCGGCCAGGAGAUGGCCGCCAGGCAGGAGUGAGCCUCCCGCGCCCUCACCAUGCAGAAAAGCGUGCGCUACAACGAGGGGCACGCCCUGUACCUGGCCUUCCUGGCCCGAAAAGAGGGCACCAAGCGCGGCUUCCUGAGCAAGAAAGCAGCCGAGGCGAGCCGCUGGCACGAGAAGUGGUUCGCCCUCUACCAGAAUGUGCUCUUCUACUUCGAGGGCGAGCAAAGCGGCCGCCCGGCGGGCAUGUACCUCCUGGAGGGCUGCAGCUGCGAGCGGGCGCCCGCGCCGCCUAGGGCUGGUGCCGGGCCCGGCGGCGCCCGAGACGCGCUGGACAAGCAGUAUUAUUUUACCGUUCUUUUCGGCCACGAAGGCCAGAAACCACUGGAGCUGCGCUGUGAGGAGCAGCAGGAUGGGAAAGCGUGGAUGGAGGCCAUUCACCAAGCCAGCUAUGCAGACAUUUUGAUUGAGAGGGAAGUAUUAAUGCAGAAGUACAUUCAUCUAGUUCAGAUCGUAGAGACAGAAAAAAUUGCAGCUAACCAACUACGGCAUCAACUUGAAGAUCAAGAUACAGAAAUUGAAAGGCUUAAAUCAGAGAUUAUUGCUCUUAAUAAAACCAAGGAACGAAUGCGGCCUUACCAAAGCAAUCAAGAGGAUGAGGAUCCAGACAUCAAGAAGAUUAAAAAGGUUCAAAGCUUCAUGCGAGGAUGGUUGUGCAGAAGGAAAUGGAAGACCAUCGUACAGGAUUACAUUUGUUCUCCUCAUGCUGAAAGUAUGAGGAAGAGAAACCAGAUUGUGUUCACCAUGGUCGAGGCUGAGUCGGAGUAUGUUCACCAGCUCUAUAUCCUGGUCAAUGGCUUCCUCCGGCCCCUGCGAAUGGCUGCCAGCUCCAAGAAGCCCCCCAUCAGUCACGACGAUGUCAGCAGUAUUUUUCUCAACAGUGAAACAAUCAUGUUUCUUCAUGAAAUAUUUCAUCAAGGACUGAAGGCAAGGAUAGCAAACUGGCCUACUUUAAUUUUAGCUGAUCUGUUUGAUAUUUUGCUCCCCAUGCUGAACAUUUAUCAAGAAUUUGUGCGUAACCACCAGUACAGCCUCCAGGUGCUUGCCAAUUGUAAGCAAAACAGAGAUUUUGACAAACUCUUAAAACAGUAUGAAGCCAACCCUGCCUGUGAGGGGAGGAUGCUGGAAACAUUCUUGACCUAUCCAAUGUUUCAGAUCCCCAGGUACAUCAUUACGCUUCAUGAGCUCCUAGCUCAUACGCCCCAUGAGCAUGUGGAGAGGAAAAGCCUGGAGUUUGCUAAAUCAAAACUAGAGGAACUGUCCAGGAUCAUGCACGAUGAAGUGAGUGACACUGAAAACAUAAGGAAGAAUCUUGCCAUAGAAAGAAUGAUAGUAGAGGGCUGUGAUAUUUUGCUGGAUACCAGCCAAACUUUCAUCCGCCAAGGUUCUCUUAUUCAAGUACCUUCUGUUGAGAAGGGGAAACUUAGUAAAGUUCGCCUGGGUUCAUUGUCUUUGAAAAAAGAAGGAGAAAGACAAUGCUUUUUAUUUACAAAACACUUUUUAAUUUGUACAAGAAGUUCAGGAGGAAAGCUGCAUCUGCUCAAGACAGGUGGGGUUCUCUCUCUAAUAGAAUGUACCUUGAUUGAGGAGCCCGAUGCAAGUGAUGAUGACUCCAAAGGUUCUGGGCAAGUGUUUGGACACCUGGAUUUCAAAAUAGUGGUGGAACCUCCAGACGCUGCCCCUUUCACUGUAGUCUUGUUAGCACCUUCACGCCAGGAGAAGGCCGCCUGGACAAGCGAUAUAAGUCAGUGUGUGGACAAUAUACGGUGUAAUGGUUUAAUGACUAUAGUGUUUGAAGAGAAUUCCAAAGUUACUGUGCCACAUAUGAUUAAGUCUGAUACCCGUCUUCAUAAAGAUGACACUGACAUUUGCUUCAGUAAAACACUCAACUCCUGCAAAGUGCCCCAGAUCCGUUAUGCCAGCGUGGAGCGCCUCUUGGAGCGGCUGACAGACUUGAGGUUUCUUAGUAUCGAUUUCCUCAACACCUUUCUGCACACCUACCGUAUUUUCACAACAGCAGCGGUGGUGCUGGCGAAACUUUCCGACGUAUACAAGAGGCCUUUUACCUCCAUCCCCGUCAGGUCAUUGGAAUUGUUUUUUGCCACGAGCCAGAACAACAAAGGUGAACAUUUGGCGGAUGGCAAAUCCCCACGCCUGUGUCGCAAAUUCUCCUCCCCGCCACCGCUGGCUGUGUCCAGGACGUCCUCCCCAGUGAGGGCCAGAAAGCUGUCCUUGACUUCUCCUUUGAACUCAAGGAUAGGAGCACUGGACCUGAGCACCUCCCCGGCCUCCAGCAGUCCUACCACAACCCAUAGCCCCGCUGCGUCCCCGCCGCCACACACUGGUAAAGUACCGUUGGAUCUUAGCAGAAGCCUUUCUUCUCCAGAACAAAGCCUGGGAUCUGUAGAAGAGCAUUUAGAUAACCCCCGCGUGGAUCUGUGUAACAAGCUAAAACGAAGUAUUCAAAGAGCAGUCCUAGAGUCUACGCCAGUGGACCGAGCAGGAGUGGAAAGCUCCCCAGCAGCGGACGCCACAGAACUUUCGCCUUGCAGGUCACCCUCAACUCCUCGGCACCUCCGCUAUCGCCAGCCUGGAGGACAGACGGCCGACAGCUCCCACUGCUCUGUUUCGCCUGCUUCCGCUUUUGCAAUUGCCACAGCUGCAGCAGGACAUGGGAGUCCACCAGGACCUCCACGAUGCUUUCCGAGCUGCUCUUCAUUUCAGGGAUUUAACAACACCGAGAGAAUAUGCGACAAAGAGUUUAUUAUACGUAGAACAGCCACCAAUCGAGUACUGAAUGUCCUCCGUCACUGGGUCUCAAAGCACGCACAGGAUUUUGAACUCAACAACGAACUAAAAAUGAAUGUCCUAAAUUUGCUGGAAGAAGUUUUGCGAGACCCGGAUCUCCUUCCCCAAGAAAGGAAAGCCACAGCGAACAUCCUGAGGGCUCUUUCACAAGAUGAUCAAGAUGACAUCCACCUAAAAUUAGAGGAUAUAAUUCAACUGACGGACUAUCCGAAGGCUGAGUGCUUUGAGACCUUGUCAGCCAUGGAGCUGGCUGAGCAGAUUACCCUCCUGGACCACAUCGUCUUCAGAAGCAUCCCCUAUGAAGAGUUUCUUGGGCAGGGGUGGAUGAAGCUGGAUAAAAAUGAAAGAACACCUUAUAUUAUGAAAACCAGCCAACAAUUCAAUGAUAUGAGUAACCUGGUGGCCUCCCAGAUAAUGAAUUACGCAGAUGUCAGCUCCCGUGCCAAUGCAAUUGAGAAGUGGGUGGCGGUGGCAGACAUUUGCCGAUGCCUGCACAACUACAACGGGGUGCUGGAGAUCACCUCAGCCUUAAACAGAAGCGCCAUCUACAGGCUGAAGAAAACCUGGGCCAAGGUGUCCAAGCAGACAAAAGCUCUAAUGGACAAGCUUCAGAAGACUGUUUCAUCUGAAGGAAGAUUUAAAAAUCUCAGAGAAACCCUUAAAAAUUGUAACCCCCCAGCCGUUCCAUAUCUGGGGAUGUACCUAACGGACUUGGCAUUUAUUGAAGAAGGAACGCCAAACUUUACUGAGGAAGGCCUUGUCAAUUUCUCCAAAAUGAGAAUGAUAUCGCACAUCGUCAGAGAGAUACGCCAGUUCCAGCAGACUUCCUAUCGAAUAGACCAUCAACCAAAGGUAAUAUUGUAUGAAAAUUUAUGGUUGUAA